CCCGGGGAGGGGUGGGGGUGUUUGUCCCGAGCGGAACUUCAACAGAUGGGCGGGGAGCUGACCAGCUGAAAGAGACAGGCUGCAGCCGCCGGGAAGCAGCUGGAAGAGCUGCGAUCUUUGCAGAGAAAGCGAACGGUCGGCGGUGGGUUUGCAGCAUUUGAAGUCUUGGACUUCUCUUCCUUGAUACCAGAACUGGAAGUUAUUCUGGCAGUAACUCAAGAAUGCAGAUACCUGCACCGAUGAAGUUGACUAGCAAAAACCAGAUCUAUCUGGUGACGGGAGGCUGUGGUUUCCUGGGAAAACAUCUGGUUGAAAUGCUUCUGGAACAAGAGCCCAACCUUGCCGAAGUACGGAUUUUUGACCUGCAUCUGGAUGAAAAUAUGCGCAGCUUGGAUAGAGUGACUCUCAUCCAGGGAGACAUCAGCAAGCCAGAGGAUGUGAAGCCAGCAGUCAAAGGCGCCCAUGUGGUCAUUCACACGGCCGGUUUAGUGGAUGUCUGGGGCAGAGUCCCACCUGAGAAGAUCAUGGCAGUUAAUAAGCAAGGAACCAAUAACGUAAUUGAGGCCUGUGUCACAGAAGGAGUCCAGUAUCUGAUUUACACCAGUAGCAUGGAGGUCGUGGGACCUAACACAAAAGGCCACCAUUUCUACAGGGGCAACGAGGACACAAAAUAUGACAGCGUCUACCACCAUCCAUACCCACUUAGCAAAGCCAAGGCUGAGCAGCUGGUCCUUGAAGCCAAUGGGAAAUCGAUGCCCAACGGGAAGCAGCUAGUGACUUGUGCCCUUCGUCCGACGGGCAUCUAUGGGGAGAACCAUCUGCUGAUGAAGGAUUUUUAUGAGAAAGGGCUGGUGACAAAGAAGUACAUGAUCCGGGCGGUCCCGGCUUCUGUCGAGCAUGGCAGGGUCUAUGUAGGCAACGUGGCUUGGAUGCAUCUGCUGGUGGCUCGGAAGAUCCAAGAGGACCCCUCAACCAUCGGGGGCCAAGUUUAUUAUUGCUAUGAUGACUCUCCUUACAAGAGCUACGAGGACUUUAACAUGGAGUUCUUGAAGCCGUGCGGCUUUCGCCUCUUGGGUUCCCGUCCCCUGGUGCCGUUCUUUCUCCUCCAGCUGAUAGCUCUGGUCAAUGUUAUCCUGCAGUGGCUCCUGAAGCCCUUCUGCGUGUAUGCCCCCAUCCUCAACACCUACACCCUGGUGAUCGUCAGCACCACCUUCACCGUAAACACUAACAAGGCCCUGAGGCACUUUGGAUACACACCUCGCUUCACCUGGGAAGAGAGCCGGAAUCGCACAAUCAGGUGGCUGCAAGAGAUCUCAGCAGAGAAGCAAGUGGAGAAGUAGGCCCAGAAGGACAGGACAACCUGAGUGGAGAGAUGCUCUGGAGGAAUGUCGGUUGUGGACUGGAAAGCUCCUGGAUUUCAGAUGUGUCAGUCUCGGGACAUUUGCAAUAUCAAGCUAUGGCCCUGUGUUGACUGGCUUGAGGUUGUGAUGUUAGACAUUUGUAAAAGAUCUACCUUUUUGCCCUCAGAUGACCUUUGGUAGCAGACCUAAGCUUCACGGGAAUGGGUGGACCCUCUAUUUCCCAUGUGGAAAUGUCACUACCAAAGAAAUAGUUUUAAAUUUUGGCUGAGUGCAUCAGCGCCUCGUUCUCAACUCAGCAAGGGCUUUUUUUCAGCCAAAGUCCCAAACUGUUCUCAAAAUAACUUUGAGAUCUUCAGUGUUCCCAUCAUGUCACACAUCCCAACCUCUCCAGUUCAAUUUCUUGCUUCUGUCCUAGUGUUUAUCCAUCUGCUUGCACGGUGUUAAUUUAGCAUGUUCCAAAGAUUAUCCGGAAGGCAGCAAGAUCCAGUUCAUCUUCUAUCAUUCCUUUGCUUUCGAACAUCACUACAGACCAGUUCCAUGUUUUUCUUCCUACCUCAAUCACUUCUAAGUGCAAUAAGGUUCGAGGUCCAUGGUUUUUGAUGUAAUCUAACCAGUUACUAAUUAUCUGAGUAAGCAGAUAGACUCUUAAGUAUGAAAGAAGAUUAAGAUGCUAUCCUAUCAUUUUCUAGACACAAUUACCUUGCAGAAACUUGUGCAGUAGAAAUAUAUGACUGGAAAGUCUCCUUGAUGGUCAACAAUUAAGUUAAACAAGCAAAUAAAUAUAUUUUAUGCUCAUCA